AUGGUCCACUAUGUUUCUACAUCCACACUCGUCUAUCAAGUAAGAACCAAUGCAGGGCGACCCAAUCCCCCAGAUCCAUUUGGCCAACUUUUGAGAAAAGCAGGAAGCAUGGGAGACGUACGCACAUGUCCAAGUGCAUGUGGUGCAGUUAUCCAAAUUGGAAGAACACUCAUGAAUCACCCUGAAAUCGUUUCCAUUGGAUUGGUAUGGAAUUCCGAAAGGCCAACCCUUGAACAUAUCAUGGAAGUGUUUUCCACCAUCGGAACGACUUUACGACUGAGUGAUAUUUUCAACACAGUGGCGGAUAGUCGCUGGUCUGAAAAUUCUAUGCACAAUCUAGUGGGUGUGGUAACAUACUAUGGAAAACAUUACUCAACGUUUUUCUUCCACACUAAACUAAGAGUGUGGAUUUACUUCGACGAUGCCACUGUCCGAGAAGUUGGACCUAGAUGGGAACAAGUGGUGGAAAAGUGCAGGAAAGGAAGAUACCAGCCUCUUCUUCUUCUGUAUGCCCUACCUGAUGGGACACCUGUUAACACUGAAAAUGCCCCUAAACAAGUUACUCCAUUCUUCAACGAUAAGGUGACAAAAAAACCUCCACCACAAUCGGUUUUACGACGUUCAAUCACACCCAGCCCCGAAAAACCCAUGGUGGGAAAUACAAGACGUGCCAUUACCCCCAAUCCUGAUGGAUCGUCAUUAAACCAUCAGAAACCACCACUGCCAAAGCCUUACAACGAAUACCAAAAUCUUUCAAUAAUUCAAAAGAAUUUAUACGAAAACCACGUAGCAGCAGAUGUAGACGUGGUCGAUGGGUGCAUGGGAAGAAAAGAUCCUGAAUAUGUAACAAGAAAAUCAUUAGAUUUCAAUAAACCGCAAGUCGGCGUGCACAGAACCUUAAGCAAUGGCUCGUCUUCUGGAGUCGAGGGCAUGACUAUUCCAGAUCACAUGAAUAUUCCAAGAAGAAGAGAUAGUGGGAAUUGGAGCGGUGACCGUAAUAGUGCAUCAUCCGCUUCUUCAACGACAAUGGAAAAUCCUUACUUAUACCUUGUCGGUAAGGUACCAAAUGGAACAGGAAGUGUUCCGGGCAGUCCAACCAGAACAAAAAGUGAUUCUUCCAGUGGGAGCAGUGGAGUUUACGAUGCGGGAUACGACUCAUACUCUCUGUCCUCGAAUGACAGUUCUUCAAUGACCACUUUGCAGCAUCUAAUGAAAAUGGGGCACUUAGCAAAAAUUCCUGAAGAUUAUAAUAAUGUGUCAACAAAUCAAACGCUCCAGCAGAGCUGUGACGUACUGUGCGAUGAAGCAGACGAGCUUUUAGUAAAGUCUCGACAACUAGAAGAUGAACACGACUUAGUUCUAGCUUUAGCUUUGUGCAAUGCAGCAGCAACAAAAGCAAGAGCAGCCAUGAACGCUCCAUAUAACAAUCCGCAAACCUUAACUUUGGCCAGAAUGAAACAUAACACUUGUAUCAUGAGAGCUCGGAGCCUCCAUAGAAGGAUGACACAAUCCCAAAAUGCAAACAAAGAGAAUCCUCCUGAAAUUAGACACACUCGUGAAGGAAGUAGUGCAAGUGGUCGUCAUUCACGUCAAAAUUCUAGGGAUAAAGGCAACCAUUCCAGGCAAAAUAGUCGAGAGCUUUUGGUACCAGAGAAAGAAAAGGUACAAUCGUCAAAGAAUAUAGAAAUUUAUGCUACAUUACCCAAGAAGAAGGAUGCAUUGAAAAAUAAACUAACCAUAAACAUCGGCGAAGAUGACGAUUACAUUUUGUAUGACAAGCCUCCAAGUCGUGAAUCUCGAUCAAUAUUUUCAAGAUCAAAGAAUAAAGAUCAGAAAUUAAGGGAAAAGAGGUCGAGAAGUGAAGACAGAAACAAAAUAACUAGAGACUUUUCCAUUGCUCCUGAGAUAAUAACAGGAAAAGAUACUCUCAAAAAGGCGAAAGAGGAGAAGGAAGAGAAGAAAGAUAAAGAUGGCAAGUCAAAGAAACAGCACAAAAUUCGUCGCAAGCUACUCAUGGGAGGUUUGAUUAAACGCAAAAAUCGUAGCAUGCCCGACCUAACUGAUGCAAAUGCAGUGAAUGACGCCCCUACUCAUCCCCAACCACCUACAUCUACAGUAGAUGAUAGUAAUGUGGGCCUAAAAGGUGCAGGAGAUAAUCCAACUGGUAUGUGUGGAUAUUUAUCCGAAGGACAUUUAGAGUUUGCUGGAAACAACGCAAAUCCAAACUUGGAGAGGAGCAAGUUAAUGCGGAAGAGUUUCCACGGAAGUGCUGGAAAGAUUCUGACUGCAGCUAAAGUUCCGCCACCUCCGCCGCUCCGAACUACUUCCCAACUUAGCAAGUCUAAGUUGAAUGGCGGAGAAGUCUGUGACGAGAAUAGCGAGAGGCCUAAGUAUCCACUACCCAACGAUAUCAGUUUUUAUAAUGGCCCCGAAAACUAUCACUACAACGUAAUAAAACAGGAUUAUAUGAACCAGGAGCCUGUUUCUUUGCCAUAUUAUCACGACAAUUCUUACAACGACGAUUCUUACUAUCGUGCUUCCCCUAACACUGUGAUUACUCGUGCAGAUGUGUAACACGAACA